UUUCUGGUUUGGAUAGAUAGAUAGAUAGGGUGCGAAAUAAGAACAGCAACUUCUCUUUUCCGAGACUGUGUUUAAAAAUGGCGACACUGUUGUCAUCUUUCUCUCUGCACUCCAUUCGCCCCUCUUCUUCAACACUUCCUUCUUCUUCCUCUUCUUCUCCCUCUUUUGUCUUUUUCAGCUUCCCCUUGCGCACUCGCAGUUCAUCUUUGAAGGCACGAACAGUUAAGAAGCGCGUGGUGAAGGCAGUGGAAGAAGAAACCCAGCAAGAAGAACUCAACGCUGAUGAGAGUGAAGAACCAUCAACCUCCGAACAGCAACCUGUUGUGGUUCCAGUUUCCCCAUCGGACACUCUCACCAUGUUCUUUCAGGCAGAGGGAACAUUGAGUGAAUCAGCUAUUCCAGCUUUAACCAAAGCUUUAGAGGAGACAGAAGGUGUUACUGAUUUGAAGGUUCAGCUUUCUGAGGGACUUGCAAUUUUAGAGUUGAAGAAACAGACAACUGUUCAAGCUACAGGUGUGGCUUCUGGACUGGUAGAAACCAUACAAGGUUCAGGCUUUAAAUUGCAGACAUUGAAUCUUAGUUUUGAAGAUGAAGAAGUUGCAGUUGCCUAGACUGAAUUUGUUGGUGUAAUAGCAAUAGUUUCAGGGAAUUUUUUUGUCAUCUGUUCACACCUACCUGACUAGAGCUUCCAACAAACAUUUUGGUUUGUAUAGAUAUGACUAUUGUUGUUGGUUAACUUUCCUCUUCGUCCUUAUAUUAUUGUCGUUCGU